CGCCUGUCCUUACUUCUUGCUGGCAUUACAUUACAGGUUAGCGUGGGCGUUUUGGGCUGCGCCGAUCGAGGAGGUCUCCAAAUCACCCUUGAAUCUACAGGAGCUGAAUCAGAUGGUCAGUACAAUCGAGGAGGUCAAGAAGGUCAAGUUUGCAGAGGGAUUCAACCCGGAUGUCGACUGCAUCCGACUUUCUUUAGAUCCUGUCCUGGCCACGCAUCGCCCACUCGUCUAUUAUGUGUUGCUCUGGCUGGCAAAUGCAUUUGCAGGAAUCGUCCUCAAGACUUGUGGAUUCAUGCGAUAUGAUACCACUCUGGAGAAAGGACAUGACUUUGUAUCUAGCAACAAAGUAGUAUACGAGGCGUCCCAAAAUACUAGGUGCCCCCCGGAUUUGGCAUACUGGUAUAGAUGUCCGACCAACCCGCAGAACGAAGUUCCGCUAGUUUUUAUCCACGGCAUUGGCAUUGGUCUCAUCCAGUAUAUUCAUCUUAUCGUUGCCCUGACCUAUGUCUCACGUCCCCUGAUUCUAAUUGAGGUCCCUUAUGUUUCCAGUCAGCUUUUCCAAACUGACUGCAUGACCCCGGAUGAGACCUACUUUGCAAUCGAGCGGAUCCUGAAGACGCAUGGUCACCCCAAAGCCACGUUUAUGGGGCAUUCUCUUGGUACCAUGCUUUGUGCUGCUGUCUGUCGUGCCAGUUCUGCUUCAUCUCCAAAGUCUAUUGUUGCAGGAUUAGUCCUAGUAGACCCUGUCUGCUUUCUGACGCAUCACUCGAUUGCACACAACUUUGCGUACCGAACCCCGGUGACAGCCAGUCAGCUCGUCAUGGACCUGUUUGCGGCGCGGGAAAUCGGCACAUCCUGGUACAUCAUGCGCAGGUUUUGCUGGAACCAGUCCGUCAUGUUCCCAAUUGCUUGGGCGAGGCGACACCAGGAGCCUUUACCCUUUCAAGGACAACUGUCACCCGUUUUGCCAGAAAAGACGCGCGUGUUUUUGUCAAAGAACGACAACUUGCUGAAUAUGGCCAAGGUAACAGAGUACCUGAGGACGCAGGUCGGACUAACAGAGGGACAAGAGAGUGGCGAGUUGGUAGUGAUGGAAGGUUUGGACCAUGCUCAGCUCUUGCUGCGAUCAGACUGGUUUGCAAAAAUCGUUCAGGCUGCACAGGAAUGCUAGUUAUAGAAGCAGCCUUUUUUCACUAAUCUUGUAUCAUAAGUAGUUAGAGUAUAAUAAUAUUCCAGCCAUAUUUGCCCUAAUAAUAUGCCCUAAUAAUAUGCCCUACUAGUGUCUAUGAAUCUAUUGCUACUUUUUUGGAGCCUGGAUAGCGUGGAACGAGGCUGGGAUGUCGCGACAG